ACAGGUUUGAUUGACGGGCAGGUUGUUAACCGUUGACGUCCUGCCGCCUGCUGGAGACUGAAGUCGCAACAGAGAAGACGAAUUUAACGACGCCAUUUUUCUGCUGCUAUUACGUUACGGCAUGUCAGAGAUGGCGCUGCGGCCCUUUUCUUUCCCAUCCCCAGAAACUCGCUUCUUUACAGCUGAUAGUUUAAUCUACAAGUUCAAGAUUAGAGGAGGAAACAGCUUCAGUGAAGAUGAGGUUUUGCAAGAAGGAAGCUUUGAUCAAGAAAUAGAGGAAAUUGUCAGAGCGGUCCUUGGCAACUUGGACUACCUCCAGCCCUUCUCCACUGAACAUUUCAUCGUUUUUCCUUACAAAAAGAACUGGGGGAAAGUGUGCAAACACGAUGCAAAGAAGCUGUCAUUCUACCCCUUUGCUAUCAUCCUCUACCUGGAGAAGAACACGUUCAGAGGGACUCAAAGAGAGAAGGAAAUGCAGCUCAUUCCCACUUUUUCUGAUGAGCCAAGGCCAAAGCGCAGUCGUGGGGACUCGCCACUAGAGGACGCUAUUAUUAAACGAUUAAUGAAAGACAUGGAGGCUGAAAGCAGUAAAUCAGUGCCUGGGACGGUGGACUUGGAGCAUCAGCACACAGUGAAGGAGGCAGUGCAGGAUUCAGCAACUACUGAAGAGCCUCAGAUGACACAGUUCACAGCAGAGAAGAACACGGCGCCUGAGAAACCAGGGAUUCUCAAGCAGCUCAUCAGAAAGGUCUUCCCUUUCAUCUUCAGACCUCCUGAAGAUUAAACAGAAACACGCCUCUAAUCCACUCCCUGGUGGUGCAGACCCAGAACUAAUAACUGUGCACAAUCCACCUGGGGAACGUUUUACCUGUGCACACCUGCUGGGAGAGAAAAAUGGCAGAGAACAUGCUACGAUGAGGCCUAUUAAAGAAUCCAGACCAAGAAGCCAAAUAACCAAAUUAUAAUCUGUUUAUUGUUUACCUGUGCUGUCUUUCAUUAACAGUUCAUUAGCUAUAAAUAUAAGAACAGUUCAUUGUUACAAAAACAACAUCACAACGAGUAGUAGAUGCAGAGUAGGCAAAUAUUUAUAUAAAGGAAGUAGGUAGUGCAUUAUUUUGUUUAAUUUGCCAUUUCCAACAGCCUUUGUUUAAUUUACAGAUAUUAUUUACAAAUGGUCAUUUAAGUUCAGAUUUAAAAUAAAUACAUUUUCUACAUUC